AUGGAGAACAUAACAACAUUGAUCAAUAGAUUCUACAAGUCACGUCCAGUUGAAAUGUGGAAGAAAUACGGAUUCUUCGACGAUGAGUACGUCUAUGUGAUCAAUUACUACUGGUUACAGUUUGAUGCCCCGUUUAGAUCGAGUCAUAUUUCUUUAGCAGUGCUUUACAUCUUUAUUAUGAUUGUCGGAUGGUUGGGAAAUAUGUGUGUCAUUUACUUGUAUUACAGAAACAAGGCUCUCAGAACAUCAAGGAAUACUUUGGUUUUAAAUCUUGCAAUAAGUGACUUACUGUUAUUGUCAAAAAUGCCCAUUUUUAUAUACAAUAGCUUUUUGGAAGGACCAGCACUUGGGGACAUUGGUUGCAGAAUAUAUGGUGUAAUUGGAGGUUUAACCGGAACCGUAUCUAUAUCCACACUGUGUGCCAUCGCAUUUGAUCGUUUCUACGUUUUGAAAUAUCCACUGAAACGGGCAUUUAGUAAUUUUCGUGUAAAAAUAUAUUUGGUAUUCAUAUGGAUAUACGGAAUAUUCUUCGCCUUGAUACCCGUCUUGAAUAUUGGUUUAGGACGAUACACACCAGAAGGUUAUUUGACCAGUUGCAGUUUCGAUUACUUAUCCCCGAAGAUGGAAGAUAAAAUAUUUAUCAUUGUACUAACUAGUUCGAAGUCCAAAAAGCAAAAAGAGGAUUCCCGAAAACAUAUUCGAAAGGAAUAUAAGAGGAAACAGAUAUUAAAAUUGGCUUUGACUGUGUUGUGUGCAAUUGUUUUAUGGUUUACUGCUUGGACACCGUACGCUGUGGUAGUUUUAUUGGGGAUAUCUGGACACAAAGAAGCGAUUACACCAUUAUGCUCUAUGAUCCCUGCUAUAUUUUGCAAAACUGCCAGCGCCAUAGAUCCUUAUAUUUACACACUCUCAGAUCCAAAGUUUAGAAAGGAACUGUUGACGGUAUGGAAGGGUAGUAAAGCCAAAAGGUUCAGUGUCAUCUAUUUAAAACCUCCCAAGAAUGCCGUCGAAAAAACCAGAAAGAUGCAAAACAUCGAACUGACACAGAUUUCGGGAUUCAUGACGCAAAAAGAACCAACCACAUCUAGCAACGUAGGCACAAACAAGAGAUUAGUCGCCAUGAUUUACUACAGUAAAAAUUCUGACGCUUCAGACGGAUUGCAAGAAGAUAGUGUCUAG